GUGACGCGGGCCUAAAGUGGGUCGGAUAUGCUAAGUUUCUGAUAGGUAUGACAACAGCGGGUGUAUAGAAGCAUUGAAAUUGCGGCGAAUUUUUCUGUUUCCGGGUGUUUUUGGACCAUUUGCCACGGCAAAAUGAAUUAGUUGUGAGUUAGUGAGGACUGACUGUGAGUUUGUAUAGUGCCACUUGGAUAUAUUGUGGUUUUUAGUGAGGGUUGAGCGGACGAAACAGGAGCACCUUGCGCACCCUUUUAAAAUUUCAUUUUUAGUCAAGCAACUCCUACAAAUGUUCCGAUAUUCAACGACAUGAAACAACCUUCAUUCCUUAGGGGCGAUAUGAAGCUCAUUCAAGCGAUGGCUGUUCUUGCCAUUGCUAUUCUUCCGCCUGCAAAAUCAGAUAUAGUGUCAGUGAUACCACAUGACGCGCAUCCGGGAUAUAGCGUUAAAAAAUUCAACGAACAUUACACUCUAGUCAAUUCAAGUUUUAGUGAAUUUUUUACGAUGUUGCAAGAUGGCUCUAUUAUGACAGUUAGCGAUGUUAGUCCACUUGUUGAUCGGCCGGUUGAUCUACUUGUUCUGGAAAAUGAUGGAAACACCACCAAGCAGCAUCUUCUUCAGCUGUUCGUGCUGGACAGGCGGAACAUGUUGCAAUUUAAAGAUGAUAGCGAUGACAUUCUAGGGAGAGUUUCGGAAAACGAACCUAUAGGUACCCGGGUAUCAGGCUUAUCAUUGAUUCAGGCAACUGGUGGUCACAAUUUCCCAGUAACUUACAGCAUAAUCGCAGGAAAUGUAGAACAAGCUUUCGAAUUGAGAGACAGCAUUACUAGUGAAAAUUCGCCUAAUGUCACUAUCGAUAAUUCUGGCGGGGUGUACGUUGUAACUGCACAAGUUCUUGAUAGGGAAGAUGUUGCCAGAUACAUUUUAACCAUCCAAGCAAGCGACUUAAGUGGUGUAAACAAGGCAGUGACGAAUAUAGUUGUUGAAGUCGAUGACGAAAACGAUAACAGCCCAGUUUUCACUCAGAAAGUCUAUAGAUUUGUUGUUGGUGAUGAUUCUGCCGAAGGUGAUAAUGUCACAACCAACUGGAAACGUUUUUCCUCCAUCGGAAAAGUGGAAGCUAUGGAUGCUGAUGGCGAUAAAGUUGCAUACAGGCUGGUUACACCAACCAGUUUUUUGGUGAUUGUGCCGCAAACUGGUGAUCUUCUUCUUGCUUUGGAGCCCAUUGAAGAAGUGGAGUUAGAAUUGGUGGUAGAGGCCCAUGAUUUACGGAUGCCAAGUAGAACAUCUCCCAGGCCAGCACAAGUUAUCUUCCAAUUUAAACCUCCAGAAGACACUGCCGUUCUAGACUUGCAAACGUUAGAAGAAGAUGGGCAUAUCCUACAUCGGGAAAAACGGCGAGUAACACGUGCCGUGCGGCCCACAAAGCGAAUUGAAUUUACUGAAACUGAUGGCGAAAUCGAGGGAAGAGUAGUUUUCCAACUGGAAAAGGAAACUGAGAAAGAAACAUUUAAAAUUCGAGAUGAAAACAGCUGGGUGAUCGUUGAACCAAAUGGAUCCGUUAAAGUGCGAAAGAAGUGGGACUACGAAGAAUUGGGACCGGAAAAAACGAUCGAUUUUUGGGUGACGAUAACUAAUGCUGAAAAAGGAGGACUGAAAUAUACAGACAACCAGCGCGUUAUUAUUCACGUUCGUGACGUCAAUGAUGAACCCCCUUAUUUUAUUAAUCGUCCACUUCCCAUGCAAGCUGUGGUACAGUUGAAUGCACCCGCAAACACCCCCGUUUUCACACUCCAAGCCAGAGAUCCGGAUACUGAUCACAAUAUUCAUUAUUUCAUCGUCAGAGACAGGACUGGGGGCAGAUUUGAAGUUGAUGAAAGGUCUGGCGUUGUUCGAACCCGAGGCACGGACCUGUUCCAACUUGAUAUGGAAUACGUCCUUUAUGUUAAGGCAGAAGAUCAGAAUGGUCGAUUAGAUGAUCGAAGAUUUCAAGCCACUCCGGAAGAACGUCUAUCGAUUGUGGGUGGAAAACGAGCUCCUCAAUUCUACAUGCAGAGUUAUGAAGCGGAAAUUCCUGAAAAUCAGAAAAAGGAUUCAGACAUUAUUUCGGUAAAAGCCAAAUCGUUUGCUGACCGUGAAAUCCGCUACACCCUCAAGGCUCAAGGGCAGGGAGCGGGGACUUUCAAUAUUGGGCCUACUUCUGGGAUCGUUAAAUUAGCUAAGGAAUUGGAUUUUGAAGAUCUUCGACAGCCUCAUGUUUAUUCAUUGAUUGUUACUGCAACAGAGGAUUCCGGGGGAUUUUCCACUUCUGUAGAGCUCACUAUUAGAGUAACUGAUGUUAAUGACAAUGCACCUAAAUUUGAGCUUCCCGACUAUCAAGCUCAUAAUAUUGAUGAAGACAUACCACCAGGUACUUCGAUCUUGAAAGUGAAAGCAAUGGAUGCCGAUUCUGGAAGUAACGCAGAAAUCGAAUAUUUAGUAUCCGACGAUCACUUUAGUGUCGAUCCAAGUGGCAUUAUUAGCAACAAUAAACAACUCGAUGCUGACAACAAUAAUGCGUAUUAUGAAUUUGCCGUCACCGCUAAAGAUAAAGGAGAACCAUCCAAAACAGGAACGGCUACUGUCAGAGUUUACACGAAGAAUAAAAACGACGAAGAACCAAAAUUUUCGCAGCAAGUAUACACUCCAAAUGUGGAUGAAAAUGCUGGACCAAACACGUUGGUAACCACCGUAGUUGCAUCUGAUAAGGACGGUGACAAUGUUCGCUUUGGUUUUGUUGGUGGUGGAACCAGUUCAGGGCAAUUUGUUAUCGAAGAAAUAACGGGUGUAAUUCGUCUUCAUUCCAAACCGAUAUCACUGGACCGGGACAAGUAUGAACUGAAUGUAACUGCAAUGGAUGAUGGAGCCUGUUGCGUAAAUGGAGAUUCCACAAUUCAUACGAGCACAGCAGUCGUCGUAGUCUUCAUUACUGAUGUAAAUGACAACAAACCCAUUUUCAAGGAUUGUGGAACAUACUAUCCGAAAGUUGAGGAAGGUGCUCCAAACGGAUCUCCUGUUAUUAAGGUUCAUGCAACAGAUGAAGAUAAAGGUGUUAACGGUCAAGUAAAAUAUUCAAUUGUGCAACAACCUAAUCAAAAGGGCACAAAGUUCACGGUCGAUGAAGAAACCGGAGAAGUUUCCACCAACAAAGUUUUCGAUCGAGAAGGAGAUGAUGGCAAAUUCGUGUCUGUUACUGUUAAAGCAACUGACCAGGGAGAACCAAGUCUGGAGGGUGUCUGCUCUUUUACCGUUGAAAUAACAGAUGUAAAUGACAAUCCUCCAUUGUUUGAUCGGCAGAAAUAUGUGGAAAAUGUCAAACAAGAUGCCAGUAUAGGGACCAAUAUUCUUCGAGUUUCGGCCUCAGACGAAGAUGCUGAUAACAACGGUGCUAUUAUCUACACUCUGAAUGCUGGCUCAAAUCCCGCGGAUUUGGAGUAUUUCGAAAUUCAACCCGAAAGUGGUUGGAUUGUUCUUAGAAAGCCUCUAGACAGAGACAGGUACAGAUUGCGUGUGCGCGCAUCCGAUCGGGGAGUGCCGCCUUCAUACGCAGACGUCGACAUCGAGCUCGACGUUGUCGACCGCAACAACAAGCCACCACUUUGGGACAGAGAUACCCUAAGCCCCAUCCACAUUAAAGAAAAUGUCACAGUGGGAACUGUGGUCACGUCGGUCAAGGCCAGCUCGGGAAUUGAGAAUAAUCCGACUGUGUUUUACCGUCUGAUGCCUGGAUCUACUGCUCAAACCAAUAAGUUCCACACCUUCUACCUUCAACAAAGGCCUGAAAAUGGCUUUACAUGGGCCGAUAUUAAAGUGAAUCAUCCACUGGAUUAUGAGACAAUCAAGGAAUAUAAUCUGACCAUUCGUGUUGAGAAUAAUGGUAUUCAACAGUUGGCAUCUGAAGCAAUAGUGUAUAUUCAACUCGAGGAUGUGAAUGAUGAAAUUCCUCUUUUCACCGAAAGAGAACAGGAAACAGUUUUGGAAGGUGAACCAAUUGGUACCAAAGUAACACAAGUUAACGCGAUCGACCGGGAUGGAACAUUUCCUAACAAUCAGGUGUAUUAUUUUAUUGUGGACUCUCCGAGAAAUGAAGGAAAGGACUUUUUCGAGAUCAACAAAGAAACGGGUGAAGUGUUCACGAAAGUAGUGUUUGACAGAGAAAAGCAGGGAGCCUACGCAUUAGAAGUGGAAGCUCGAGAUGGUGCACCAUCAGCCAGGCCGAAUAGCAAAAGCGAACCCAAUUCAGUAACAAAGUUCAUCCGCAUCGGCAUCGCAGAUAAAAAUGACAAUCCACCCUACUUUGACAAGGCUCUCUACGAAGCGGAAGUCGACGAAAAUGAAGACAUUCAACAUACCGUUCUUACCGUCACCGCCAAAGAUCACGAUGAGUCUUCCCGUAUUCGAUACGAGAUCACAAGCGGUAACAUAGGUGGUGCUUUUGCAGUCAAAAAUAUGACCGGUGCCAUCUAUGUAGCAGGAGCCUUGGAUUAUGAAACAAGGAAACGGUACGAAUUAAGGUUAGCAGCUUCGGAUAACUUGAAGGAGAACUAUACUACGGUUGUAAUCCAUGUUAAGGAUGUAAACGACAAUCCACCAGUUUUUGAAAGACCCACUUACAGAACUCAGAUCACAGAAGAGGACGAUCGCAACUUGCCGAAAUCUGUUUUGAGGGUUACUGCUACAGAUGGUGAUAAAGACCGACCUCAACAUAUCGUGUAUUUCUUAACUGGACAAGGCAUUGAUCCGGACAAUCCUGCAAACAGCAAAUUUGAUAUCAACAGAACUUCUGGAGAAAUUUUUGUUCUGAAGCCUUUGGACCGAGAUCAGCCGAAUGGUAGACCUCAAUGGAGAUUUACCGUAUUCGCUCAAGAUGAAGGAGGCGAAGGUCUAGUGGGUUAUGCCGAUGUUCAGGUUAACUUGAAAGAUAUCAAUGACAAUGCUCCCAUUUUCCCACAAGGGGUAUAUUUUGGCAACGUUACUGAAAAUGGAACUGCUGGAAUGGUAGUCAUGACCAUGACUGCGGUUGACUACGACGAUCCUUCUGAAGGCACAAAUGCAAGAUUGGUCUACUCCAUCGAAAAGAACGUCAUCGAGGAAGAGACCGGGUCUCCUAUCUUUGAAAUCGAAUCGGAAACGGGAGUGAUUAAGACGGCCGUAUGUUGUUUAGAUCGUGAACGUACGCCCGAUUAUUCCAUCCAGGUGGUUGCGAUGGACGGUGGUGGUUUAAAAGGAACUGGGACUGCUAGUAUUCGUGUUAAAGAUAUAAACGAUAUGCCUCCCGCGUUCACAAAAGAUGAGUGGUUAACUGAAGUAGACGAAACUGAUGGUAGCGCACUGCCGGAAAUGCCUAUUCUUACCGUAACUGUGCAUGAUGAAGACGAAACUAAUAAGUUCCAAUACAAGGUACUUGAAAGCAGCGGCUACGGUGCAGACAAAUUUACAAUGGUACGGAACAACGACGGUACCGGCUCCUUAAAAAUAGUCCAGCCCCUGGACUAUGAAGACCUUCUUCAGAGCAACGGAUUCCGAUUCCGCAUCCAGGUGAACGACAAGGGUGAAGACAACGACAACGACAAGUACCACGUGGCUUAUUCAUGGGUAGUUGUGAAAUUACGGGAUAUCAAUGAUAAUAAGCCAGUUUUUGAAAGACCCAAUAUCGAAGUCAGUGUGCCAGAAAACGCAGAAAUUGGUAAAAGUUUAGAUACUUUCAAAGCAACGGAUCCCGACCAAGGUGGAAAAAGCAAGGUAUCAUAUUCAAUUGAUAGAAGCUCAGACAGGAAAAGACAAUUUUCGAUAAAUCAAUCCGGUACCGUCAGUAUCCAAAGAUCUCUGGAUCGUGAAGAUACACCAAGGCAUCAAGUGAAAAUUUUAGCUAUUGACGAUGGCAUUCCUCCAAAAACUGCCACAGCUACUUUAACAGUGAUUGUUCAAGAUAUCAACGACAAUGCACCCACAUUCCUUAAGGAUUAUAGGCCUGUUAUUCCUGAACAUGUGGCUCCCAAAAAGGUGGUUGAAAUUCUAGCAACAGAUGAUGAUGAUCGAUCGAAAAGUAACGGACCGCCAUUCCAAUUCCGAUUGGAUCCAAGUGCCAGCGAUAGAGUUCGGGCCAGUUUCAGAGUUGAGCAAGAUCAAAAGGGUGCUAACGGUGAUGGCAUGGCCAUUGUCACGUCCUUAAAGUCUUUCGACCGAGAGCAGGAAAAGGAAUACCACAUUCCGAUUGUAAUCAAAGAUCACGGUAAUCCUGCUAUGACAGGCACCAGCACACUUACCGUUAUUAUCGGCGAUAAUAACGAUAAUAAAAUGCAACCUGGGUCGAAGAAUAUAUUCGUGUACAACUAUCAAGGUCAAGCUCCGGAAACAGAAAUAGGUCGAGUGUACGUCUACGAUUUGGAUGACUGGGACUUGCCUGAUAAGAAAUUCCAUUGGGAGACAAGCAACGUGGCACAUCCGAGGUUCAAACUCAACGAAGAUACAGGGAUGAUAUCUAUGUUACAGGGCACUCGAGACGGAGUUUAUUAUUUGAAAUUUAAGGUUUAUGAUCGAAAACACACUCAGAACGAUGUUCCGGCAAACGUUACGGUGACCGUAAAAGAAAUACCUCAUGAAGCAGUUAUCAAUUCAGGAUCAGUGCGAAUUGCCGGUAUAACUGACGAGCAGUUUAUUCGAGUUUGGGAUUUCAAAUUGAAAGAUCUACCGAAAUCGAUGGCGGAGAAAUUUAAGGACAAAAUAGCAGAUCUUCUAAGCAUCAACCGAGAAAAUGUGGACGUGUUUAGUGUACAACUGCGUCGAAAGCAUCCUCCAGUAACAGAUGUUCGAUUUUCUGCUCAUGGAGGUUCCCCGUACUACAAACCUGUCAGGUUGAACGGCAUGGUUCUGAUGCACCGAGAAGAAAUCGAGAGAGCUGUUGGCAUUAAUAUCACUAUGGUGGGUAUAGAUGAGUGCUUAUACGAAAACCAGAUGUGCGAAGGAUCUUGCACAAACACGUUGGAUAUAAGUGCCUUGCCGUACAUG